CAUGCGUGUAGCACAAGUUUGACACCAUUUUGGAUAGCAUUAGCCUGCAAACAAGGCUGUUUAUUUCUUUAUUGCCAGUCAAUUUGAUUAUUUUGGGGGUUUGAUCGGAAAGUGGUCUUCGUGGUGACAAUUAACUAACAUAACACCGAUUAGUUAUCGUCUCAUCUCAAUUUGUAGAGUGGUUGCAGCCAGCGGGUUCCUGGUUCGGAAGGCCAACACAAGGGAGAGCCUUUGUCGCCACAGCGCUGGUGAGGCUUGCUCUUGGAUCUCGCUGUUUCUUUCCUGUUCAACGCUAAAAAACCUUUUUAAGUGGGCGUCAGGGGAACAUCCCUCCAGGAUAACGUGUGCCAUUAGACGAUACACAAUACAACGAGAAUACGUUUGUUGUCGCUCCGUCCAGAGAGCAAAUGGACGGUGAAGAUGAGUUCCUUUCCGGGAACCACUCUGAUGAUGGCAGUGGCACCCCGGUCCAAGAUGAACACGCCCCACACUCUGAUGCAGACGAAGAGAUGAGAAGCGAGCCCCGCCACUCCGAGGACGAGGGAAGUGAUGGUGAGGGAGGCGCUGCUGAUAGUAGAGCCAACGGCGGAGGCAGCGGUUCAGACCACGACGAGGGCAGAGGUGAGGACAGUGACUCUGACAAAGAUGCACCAAGAGCUGACAGCGAUUCUGAACCUGAACGCCCUAAACCUGCGGAUAGUGACGACGACGAUGAAGAAGCUGCAUCUCCUCCCAAACGCAGAGGCAGUACCUCAGAGAACGAGGAAGAGCAUAAACAGAACGCCAGCGACUCCGAGAAUGAGGAGCAGAGCAAACCCCAGCCGGCACAAUCGGAUGCAGGAAGUGACUCUGAAAGCGAGGCCCCUAAGAGCAAAAUAAGGAUAGAGUCAGACGAGGAGGAUGUUGAGACAAAAGCAGACGAUAAAAAGGAGGACGGGAAAUGGAAGGGAGUUAUGCAGUCAGACAGCGAAGACGAGGUGGAGGGAAGAGCCAAGCCUGAGGGGAGUGACCAAGAGCAGGAGGGUCAGGCCCGACAAGUUGUGGAAGAUAGCGAUGACGACGAGGAUAAACCAGUGAAGAGGAAGAAGGCCAUUCUCUCAGACAGUGAAGAGGAUGACAACGAAAAAGUCGCUAAGAAAACUCGCCGGGUGUCUGAGGGAGAGAACUCGGACAGCGAUGUCGACCCUGACGUUGCAGAGAAGAGCCAUGCGGCCAAACUGCGCGAGCUGGGCUCAGACAGUGAGGACGAGGACAAGCCAAAGGAAGAGGGUGAGAAAAAGGAUGAGAAAGCGUUGUUCGGCAGCGACAGCGAGUCAGGAGAGGACGAAGAAGAAAAAAUGAUCGCAGACAUCUUUGGAGAGUCAGGAGAAGAGGAUGAAGAGGAAUUUACCGGCUUCAACCAGGACGAGCUGGAGGGGGACAAAGUUAAGCCACCAGCAAACCAGGCAGUAGCAGCGGACGACUCGGACUCUGAUGAGGGAGUAGAUCGGGGUGGUAGAGACACAAUCUCCGACUUCAUGUCCGACUUCGACGUGAUGCUGGCUAAAAAGAAGGCCCAGAACAGGAAGCGCAGAAGAAACAGAGAUGGUGGAACAUUCAUCAGUGAUGCAGAUGAUGUUGUUAGCGCCAUGAUUACCAAGAUGACAGAGGCUGCAGAGGAAGAUAGAACGCUAAAUAGCCAAAAGAAACCAGCUUUGAAAAAACUCACCCUUCUUCCGACAGUAGUCAUGCACCUGAAAAAGCAGGAUCUGAAGGAGACGUUCAUUGACAGCGGCGUGAUGUCUGCCAUCAAGGAAUGGAUCGGCCCAUUGCCAGACAAGAGCCUCCCCGCCCUCAAGAUCAGACAGGAGCUGCUCAAGAUUCUACAGGAACUGCCCAGCGUCAGUCAGGAGACCCUGAAGCAUAGUGGGAUUGGCCGUGCCGUCAUGUUCCUCUAUAAACACCCCAAAGAGUCGCGUUUCAACAAAAACCUCGCCCUCAAACUCAUCAAUGAGUGGUCCAGGCCGAUCUUCGGCUUGUCGUCCAACUAUAAGGUCAUGACCAGAGAGGAGAGAGAGCAACGAGACCUGGACCAGCAGGUUGCCCCUCGCAGAGGACGUGAGAGUGAGCCCCAGAAAGUCGAGAAGCCCAAGGAACCGGACGUCUUUGCUCAUCCAGCCAGCUCAGGGGGACAAACGCCACGUAGAGAUCUGGAUAAAGUGCUGACGGGGGAAGAAAAAGCCCUUCGCCCCGGGGAUCCAGGAUUCUGUGCACGGGCCCGAGUACCAAUGCCCUCAAACAAAGAUUACGUGGUCCGGCCAAAAUGGAAUGUUGAUUCAGACUCAAACCGGGGUGGUCCUGUGGUGAAGAAGGCCGUUUCCCGCGUGGACAAACAGCUGCGUCGCUUCGCAGACCUCCGCCGCAUGACCAAGACCGGCCACGCGGUCAAGAUCAGCGUACAGGGCAACGGCAUGCCACUUUGAUUUUCAAACAAACCUUGUUUUAGUUUUUAUUUAGUUUUUAUUUCCUUUUUGCCUUUUUAUUUAACAAUUUUUUUUUUUUGUUUGGGGUUCCCUGAAUCCAUGUUCCCCUCUCUCUGUGAGUGGAGAUCUCCCUCAGGUUACACCCCACCACCACCACCCCUACCUCCUCCUCCAUCCUCCCUUCAGCCCCCCCUCCUCCCCUCCUACCGCUUUCCCCAGUCCCAGCUGAAAUUAAGUGUAAGAUAUUAUUAGUAUGCGUUGGCAGGCAAGACCAGUUCUCUGUCCAUAAGAUGGUGUUAGCUGUUAAUUUCACAUUUCUUUUAGGCAGAUGUUGUACAGGGGUGGAGCUGAGUCUUUGUGCUUAUACUGUCAGUUCAGAUUGAUAUCACCUUUCAUAAUAAAGCAUUUCCAUAGUUUUCUGGGA